UUUCCCAGAGUCCCGUGCGCGGGCGAAGAGGGAACACGUAGGAGUUUGGAGGCGGGGCCAAGUGUGACGUCAUCCGGAGCCGUCCGCGACGAGUGACCUGUAAAAAACAGCCGCGGUUUUAAAUCUAAAUACUGCUAAGCUGCACAAAUCUGGAAGAAGAAGAAAAAUCACUUCUGCCACUUUUCUCCCAUCCUUGAUGAAAAAAGAGGAGAGAAGCCAGACUGAAGAGAGGGGAGGGGGACACGAGUAAAGGAGAUCCCUGUGAGACGUUUCUUUGACCUUCCCUUUCUUGCUCACCUUCUUUCUUUCUUUCUUUCUUUCUUUCUCUAUUCUUUCUUUAUUCUUUCUUUAUUUCUUCCCCUCCGCAAAUGUGUUUUGGGUGUAUUCUCUCCUUUCCUCCUCAUUCUUCUUCUUGUUAAGCAUAUCUCUUCUCUGCUUGGACGGUGGCUGCAUCGAUGCGAAAUGGGUUGUGGCAAUUCCUCAGUCACCAGCAGCACAGGAGGGGGACCAGCAGAAGCCUCCAAAGAUGUGACAGAAGAUCCCUUAGUAGACGAUGAGAAAAGAAGGAACUAUGGCGGUGUUUACGUAGGUCUACCAUCAGACAUGACCACUGUGGCUGCUAGUCAGUCCAAGUCCACACACAAAGACUAGCAGCCAUCGAAUGAAACUCAACACAGGAUCCUGCAUAUUCAUUCACCUAGAGACACUCACAUUACAAGCGGAGGGCAUGUACGUGCUGCGAUUCUGGCUCACCACUCACUGGCUGAAGUCUCAGGCCUUAGCACCUUCACUGAGCAAAGAUGUGGACAGCUUGCUUUGGCUCGGAGGACGCUGCCACACGGAGUCACGGGUGGCACAGUGACGCAGGGAUGCUGCACAGUGGAGGUCUGCACACACGGCAUCCAUCUGCAUCGACUUUCACUUUGCAAAAAAAAAGGAAAAAAGAUGGGCAUCGCAGCACCCUAGGACUGGCAGCCAUGGUCGUCGGGCUUUGCGACGACCAUCUUGGCUUCUCGGUCACGGCACUUGGAGUGCUGUCUCUCUUUCUCGGGAGAAGACAGGGAACGCAGCCAACUCACUCACUUGACUGACUGUCUGGGACUCACCCACAUUCCCAGUAGCCCUCUGCAAUAAUAAUCACUGCUCCGUUAUUUCUCGAAAAACGCCAUGAAUGAUUCAUUGUGCGACAGAGAGAGGGACAGAGGGAGAUCGGCAGCACACACAUUCCUGCUGAUGCAUUAGAGAACAUUGCAGUGUUCUUGCAAAAUAACUUUGAUUUCAAUCAGAAGAAAUUACCCACUGCAUGACAACAGUCUGACAACGACACGGGUCCAAAUGCUAAUAACAGCCGAGGGGUUAAGUCAGGGGGGAUAUGAACCUGAAUGUCCUGAGUUUGUCUCACCUUUUGUUGUCACUGUACUUGUGCUCCAGACUGAUGAUGUAACUUCAGCAUAUGACUCAUGGUAUUUAGAGCCUGGAUUUCACUCUGACUGUCUCUUUUCUCUCGUUAUCUCUCUAUGCCUCUUUCUUUUGCUGCAAACAGCAAAAACAUGUGUUUAUGGUAUCUUCAGCUG